AUGCCUUCCCUAGUAGCGGUACUGACUAUUUUUGUCACCCUCAUUGGAGGCACCUUCAGCUUCCGCCCUGAAACUGGUGGCCUACAGUAUGAGCGCCUAACUGAACCCAUUCAAUUGAGACAAGAGCUCGGAGCCUCACAAGGGGUCGAUCCCAAGGCAGGCAACUCAUGGUGGUCCUCAUCUUACCUCCAUGCGUCAGACGACCAUGACUAUUUGAUUGUUUCCCACGCCUCGACACAAAGUCCAACUACUUCCACGGUUAUAUUCCGUGCCUCUAUUCUAGAUAUCAACGACACAACAUACUACCGACAGGUUAGUUGGAAAAGCAACUCAUUUAGUGGAUCUGGACAUGUCCAGGAAGGGCCUCUUAAUGGCCAUUCCAAAUAUUUCGGAUUUGCAAUUGAUGAUCCAGCAAAUCUACUAGGCCCUAUGCGUACGUGGUGCAUCUCCGACCAAGUCGAGUUUAAUAUUACCUUUGAACUGUCUGCGCCCAUUAUCUUGAAUGGAGGCAUUGGAACAUUCCCAUUCGGAAACGAAGUCACAUUUGAAUGGUCGAUGCCCGCUGGAAUAACUAAUGGGUAUUUUGUCAAGCAGAGAAAAAUCUUAGAGAUUGAUAAUGCUCGCUCAAUGACCUGGUAUGAUCGACAACUGAUAUGGCCGAGUGAUCUGACGGACGGGCCAGUCAUGUCGGGCUGGACUUGGUUUGAGUUGCAUGUGGAUGAGCUGAAACUGUCGAUUUGGAUCUGGGACACGUUUGAUGGGCGACGUUUUCAAUUCGCGACCGUUAGGGAGGAACCUGGAGUUCAUCAAGUUGUUGCGGUCACCCAGUUCACGCCCUCCAGCCACCAGUGGACUUCUCCCGUCUCCGACGCUACUUAUUCUCUUGAAUGGGUUGUGUCCCUGGCGGACGGGACUUCGUUGAAGGUUUCCAGCGUUCGCGAGGAUCAAGAGAUCUACAGCAUGGAAGAGAAGGUUGGAACAUACGAAGGAUAUGUUGAGGUGACGGGCACCCGGGACGAGCAUACUAUCUCCGGGUAUGGUUUGGUUGAGAUCAUCCCAGCAAGCAUCGUCCAAAAUCCAAGCUGA